UAUUCUCUAAAAACCACGAAAAAAUACCACAAAGAUGCUUGCGAUGACCCCUCCAAUAUCAUCCCCCGAAAUAAUCAUAAUAGGUGCAGGAGUUAUCGGCUCGGCGCUCGCUUACUCCCUCUCUCACACCGGUCGCAAGAUCCUCCUCCUCGAGCGUGACCUCUCAGAACCAGAUAGAAUCGUCGGUGAACUCCUUCAACCCGGUGGCGUAGCUGCACUUGCUCAACUCGGGAUGGUAGAUGUGCUGGAAGGGAUUGAUGCUGCGCCUGUGGAAGGUUAUUGUGUAGUGAAUGGCGAGGAGAAAGUCGGUGUGAACUAUCCUCAGGUAGAUGGGAAUGGUCACGGCAAGCUUAUCGAUGAGAAGGUCAACGGGAAGAAUUGGCAUGUAGCUACCACUUCCGGGCUCAAAGAAGGUCGUUCAUUCCACCAUGGACGACUGAUAUCUGCUCUCCGACGCAAGUGUAUCGAUCAGGCGCCCAAUGUUACAGUCGUUGAAGCGACCGUCAAAGACUUGCUGUUCUGCGAACACACCAACCAAGUGAUCGGAGUUUCCGCUUCUUUCAAAUCCGCAUCUGGAAGAGAACCCAACGUCCGCAAAUUCUAUGCCCCCCUUACUGUCAUUGCCGAUGGCUGCUUUUCUAAAUUCCGUCACCAUCCCGCGCUUCGAACCAGGGUACCUGAUACCAGAUCACAUUUCGUUGGACUUAUCCUCCAGAACUGCGAACUGCCAAUGAAACACUAUGGCACUGUCUGUCUCACACCGAAUGGACCUGUCUUGCUUUAUCAAAUUGGGAAUGAAAAGGGCGAGGUGAGGAUGCUCGUGGAUGUCAAGGGCAAGCUGCCUAGUGUUGGAGACGGUUCUCUCAAGCAACACUUAAUUGACAACUAUCUCCCAUACAUUCCCGCCUCACUUCGAUCUCCUCUCCUCGACGCUCUUUCCACUCAACGUCUCCGCUCCAUGCCCAACUCCUACCUCCCUCCCUCCAUCCAGGGUCUCCGCUCCAAUCUUCAAGGCGCCAUCCUCGUUGGUGACGCCUACAACAUGCGUCAUCCCCUUACAGGUGGUGGUAUGACAGUUGCUUUCAAUGAUGCUGUCCUCUUGACGGAAUAUUUGAAACCUGGCGGCAAGUUAAGGCGAAAACCUUGGGAAGACGGAUUAGCCCCAGGUAGAGAGGGGUUGGAGGAUUGGGACAAGAUUGCGGAAAGGCUGAGGGAGUGGUUCUGGGAGAGAAAACAAUUGAGCGGUGUCGUAAAUGUGCUUUCUAUGGCUCUUUACAGCUUGUUCGGUGGUUCGGACAAACCAGAUCUUGCGAUCCUAAGAGAAGGAUGUUUCAAGUACUUUGAAUUAGGGGGAGAGUGUGUGGCUGGCCCUGUCGGAUUGCUUUCUGCUCUCACACCGCGCCCUGUCCAACUUUUCUACCACUUUUUCAACGUCGCCUUUUACUCCAUUUACCUCCUACUCAUCCACGGUCCUCCCCAGCGUAGAACAAACGGAUCUGUAGGAGCCAUUGCCAUGUUACCAUUGAAUUUGCUUUUAAGUUUCAAGGUGUUCUACACGGCUUGUGUGGUUUUGCUGCCGUUCAUGCUUAUUGAAUUUAGAAGCUAAAGAGCGUAGAUUUACAUAGAAAUUUUGAAGCUUGGCUCAUGGAAGGCAACGAGCUUGAAGAGUUAAUUGAUGGAUUUUGGAACAGCAUCUUCAAUUAUGUCUUAGGUCUAGGGUUUUCUUUUCAGAUUUGCAUGUACUAUGUCUUGUUAAAAAAUU